AUGUCGAAUGACCUCUCCUCAAUCCUCGCCCGCCAUAACCUCAAAGGCAUAAAUGUAGCGAAUUUCUCACCUUCCUCUGCCUCCUCUGCAUCAUCUCAGCGUCCGUCCCCUCAGCAUCAGUCAUAUCAAUACGCUCCUCCUCCUCCGCAACAACCAUAUCAGUAUCCAACAUCGGUACCUCAGCCCAGGGCACAAUAUACUUGGACACCGCCGCAAGGAGGAGGGGGUGCAGCGGUAAGGCCAUCGUUUGCUUGGCCAGCGCCUCCACAGCCGAGAUAUACAAUUGAUCCGAGACAUUAUAGUUAUGAUAUCUGGGGCAAAGCGCCGGUGUUUUCGAUGGAUGAGGAGGACGAGGCUGGGGAAGAGAAUGAGGCAGAAGGGGAGGAAGAAGCUGGAAAAGAGGAAGAGGCAAAGGCAGACGAUGGUGUUCAAGGGACGGGAGAGGUGGCAUUGGAAGGAGAGGAUGCUCAAGAGAACGGACAACAAGACAAUGGUGUUCAAGAGGGGGAAGAGGCAGUCGCUGGAAUGGAGGAAGAGGUGACGGCUGAGGGCAAUGCUCAGGGCAAGGAAGAGGCAGGGGCAGAAGGCGAUGCUGACGCUGCCGCGGGUAUGGAAGAGAGUAUAGAGGCUGAGACGACUGCUGACGAAGUUCUGGCCGAGGAGACAGUGGGAGCGUCGACCCAGGGCGAGAACAUAUCGCUCGAGGGACCGGAACCGGAACUGGACGCUGCCACCAGCGUAACGGAGACUAGCCCUGAUGCAUCAAACGCAGAGCCGCCUUCCGACCUUCCACAAGAUGACGCAUCUUCCUCGCCGGAUGUACUGACGACUACUGGCCCUCCUGUCGAAGAAGUGACAGCAGCUGCGCCAACAGAGAGCACUCCCGGGGAGACCGACGCUGAAGCUCCCUCUGAGCUUGUUGCUUCAAGUGCAGCAGACGCAGCAGCUCACAAGUCAGAGUCCGUGCCAGACGCCGAUGUCCACAAGGAAGUAGAUGAUCAGACUGAUAAGAGAAGUAUAGAGCUUGCGGACACCUCGGUGGAGGAAAUGGCUGCUACUGAGGAGCCUGUAGCCGAGCAGCCUGAUGAAUUUUCAGACCACGAGAGUAGAGGUUUCGAGCCUGCUUCAGAAGUGAAAGAAGAGCCUGUUGAUCCUCCUCAGCAAUUGGAGUCCCAGGCCGAAGAUAUAGGCACGGAUGAUAAAGCGGUAGCCGGAACACCAGAGCCAUCUGAUGGCAAUCCCUCUUCCACAGACCCGAUUCCCGAGGACGCAAUCGCCGAAGACGAGCCUUCGGAUGAUAUACCAGAGGAACCACCGUCAGCGCCGGAAGUGGACGCCAAAACUCCAGAAACGGAGCCAGCUGUAGAUACCGUUUCGACAGAGUCUGACGAUGCUGGCCUCGUGGCAAUCUCACCAGAGUCAGAACACACGCCAGGCUCUGCCCCUAUAGAAGCCUCGAGUGAUCCUGACGAGACUGUUCAGAUUAUAGAUGCCGGCAACGAUGGCUCAACAGACGACACAGCAGCUAUAAUUGUUGUGGUACCUCCCUCUGACGAUACAGCAGCUAUCAUUGUUCCACCACCGCCACCAUCACCAGGCCCGCGUGUGACAAUAGCCGAACCCAUCAAACCUUCAAAGCUCAGUAAGAAAAAAACCAGCUCCAGCAAAUCUAGCAAAUCCCGAAGUUCUGAGAGGCCGAAAGAAAAACCUGUGGAGAUUAUACAGCUUAGAGAGGGCAAGAGCAAGACUAUUUCCAAAGCAAAGAGUAAGAAGAAGAGUAAGAGUGUGUCGAGCAAAGGAGGAGAGUCGUCGGGACCGCCACCACCGCCGCCGCCGCUAACGGUCGUGGAUGUGCCGCCGCGUGCGCCGAGCCCGCCGCCGAACGGGCAUGUUAUAGACUCGGAGGAUGUUGAGGUCGAGGAGACAAAAGUCAUCAAUAUCACUGCCGUGUUAGAUGAUACUGCAUUUCUCCCUGAAGCUGAAUGUGAGGCUAUGGAGAUCAUAGCGGCUGAAGAGGCGCCGAUGGUUGAUGUGCCUGAUCAGGGGGAGACGAGCGCCGAGACAAUGGAGCAGAAAGAAGAGAUAAUCCCAGCCAACGCACUGCUAACACCACCCGAAGUAGAAGCUAUCAUAUGUCCACUGGAGAAUGGAAACCCAGGAGAGGGAGUCGAAUUUGGUGCUGAUGCUGAAAACGAGUCCGUUCUCACUCCUGCGGAAAUCGAUUUAAGCCCGCCAGAAGCCAAUCAUACCUCUGAAAAGCCACAAGCGGACGACCCUGCAGAUGUCAACCCACCUCAAGGCCUUCCUCCACAUACCAGCCUUUCCGAUGAUGGAACCAGCAUUGCAGAACCAAUAACAAUAAAUCCAGAGAACCAUAACGGACCAGAGCCUGUGACUGCAAAAGAACAAACUCAAACUGCAUCUAUAGCAGAGCCUCUUGUCGAAGAGAAUGGCGAAACUGAGACUCCGAUCCCACCGAAUGUCGAGUCGCAGGUCGAUGAAGAACUGGAGAGCGUGGAUGAGCCCUCUGAAGCUGUGAUCGAAGAGACUGUUUCUUCAGACGACACGCACAACGGCGUGGACGAAGCUGAGAGCCAGAACUUAUCCAUUGAACCAGAAAAUCCAGAAGGAAGUAUACCCAAAGACGCUCACGAGGUGGUGCUCGGCCUAGGGACUGUCGAGCCCAAACCAGAAGAGAAUAUAUCCAUUGAGGAAACAGCGCCGAUUGCAGAUACCGAGCCGGCAUCUUCUGUAUCGAUGGAAGAGUCACAACCUGUUUCUUCAGAGAUUGUCAACGAGCCUAAACCGACCUUGAUGGAGUUGGCCGCUCUUGUACUUUCCACUGAAGCAGCUCUGAUGAUCUCGAAGACUACCGCGGUGCCAGAAGCUGCACCUGCCGACACGGACGUCAGUACCACGCAAUCGGCUGCCGUGGAAGAAGCGUCCGAUCCUGUACCCGAAGCGAUCGGCGGCCAAGACAACGAUCUUAAUGGUCAAGCUGUCAUUGUGUUGCUUCCAGACGAUGAAGACACCCUUGAUGUACCUCCAGAAGCCCCCAUGCCUCCGGAGAAAGAGGCACCAGACGCUAAUCUCGAAGCUGGUGAUGCGGGCGAGGCUAACCAACACCAAGAGACAGAAGAGACGUCUGAGCAAAUGGAGAACGAAAAUAUACAGCCAGAACUUUCGCCUAAGGUCGUAGCGCCUGUCGAAGAUGAAGUAGGCGACCGGGAGCCGAAGGUCAAGACGGAAGUUUCUGACAGUCUGGAUCGCAACGCUGAGACACUGGUAGCAGAUGUUAGCAGAGCUUCGGCUACGACCGGCGUUCUCGAUGAGCAAAAUCCAGAAGCAGGGAAGCUCAACACGGAUGCCCUUACGACUGAUGCGCCAGAAGUGUCCGAGCCUCAAACAACGGUUAUAUCAUCGCCGGCUGUUGAGGAGCCGGAUGCAAUUCAGACGGUCGAAGCUCCCCAGCAGUCAAAAGACCAAGAUUUGAGUGACGCGAAUAUAGACGUGGUCAGACAAACUGACGUGCCGGCCUCAGAGGAAGAAGCUCUUGCAGACUCUGUGACGGACACGGAAGUGCACGAUCUCGACACGCCGGUCACGGAAGGGGAUAGCGGCGAGGACGUGAGUGCAACCAGUCCUGCUUCAACUCCUAAGAACAAGACGGAAUAUGCUGAACCUGCUGAAGAGCUCCAACAAGUAGCCUUAGCAGAAGUCAGCACCGAAGCUGAAGUCGCAAAAGAGCUUGUGACUGACGAUGUUGAGGUUGGAAAGCUUGCUGACAACGAGGCACCAACCGGGCCCGUGAUUGAAGAGCCUGCUAAUGAUGUGGCUGAAGGUGUUGUCGCAUCAGAGUCUGUUUUUGAACAAGUCGAAGACGCAAGCAAGCCGUUUGUUGUCGAGCCUGCUGAUUCUGAAGCUCGUGAGACGCCAGAAAAGCACGUCUCUGUGCAUUUCACAGAGUCUCACAACAUUGAAGAUUUUUCUGAGCAGUCCAUUGAAGUAGCACUCGAGUAUAUAUCGGGGAAAGAGGUCGACGCUGUUGUAAACACCAUAAACGACACUGACAAUGCCUCCACCACGACGGUUGGAGCUGGUGCGCAAGCGGAAGACCACGACUUACAAUUGCUAUCUAUGCCCGUGUUGGCCGAAGAAGCGCAAGCCGUCGAAAUCGAAGGCACCAAAACCUCCCAAGGAGCUGGAGAGGAUAUAUCCAAAUCAGAGAAGGAGGAGAAGACCACAAAGGCCGCAGAACCCGUAGAUACUCCAUUGCUCGACGAGACACCAGAAUCUAACGAGAUAUAUAGUCCUGGAGAGCAACCUAUACCGCCUGUAGAAGAAAGCCCAACGGAACCACCAGAGCUUGCAGAGCCCGAAGAGCAACCUGAGCCGGUCGUAUCGGAAGAACCAAUCGAGUCCGAACGAGCAGCUCAGCCAAAUACUCCUACACAAGCGCCCUCCACCGAAGCAGAAGUGUUGCCAGGAGAUUCCGCAUCACAACAAUCGGGUAUCGAGACCUUACGAGAUUCAGAGGCAACGCAUGGGUCGCCUUUGCUCGAAGAACCAGCGGCUGAUAUGCCUGCACCUGUGGAAGAUGCACCGGCAAAGCAGUCUUCGAAGGUCUCGUUCGAAAAACCGCCAGUUGCUCCACAUAGCAGAGAACCAGUCUCACCUCCACGAGAGCGACGCAAGUCUUCCAAGUCAUCUUCCAGUCGCCACAGCUCCUCACGCCACAAGGUCAAGGAUGUCUCGAGUACUGCACCAGACCCAAAGCCAGCGCCACCUUCAACUCGAUCACGUCGACGUAGCUCGACAGCCAAUGCACCUGCACCCGGGCUCUUCCGCACCCCUAGCACCACAAAGCCAAGACCCACUCGUGCAGAACUAGCAGAGCAAGCGGAAAUGAGACGUCGAGAAGCAGAAAUCGCAGCUCGCGAGCAAGAAGUCCAACGCCAGCUCCGGCGUGCCCGCAAACGUGCUGCUGUCGAGGAACAAGAAAGGCGACUGCAAGAAAAGGAAGAGGAGCUAGCAAGACUGGAGGCGAUUGAGAAGGAGCAAAAGAAAGCUAGACGUGAAGAAAAGAAGAGACGUGCUCAAGAAGCUCUGGAGCAAGAACGUGCGGCUCGUGAAAGGACUGAAGAAGAGGCCAGACAAAAGGAGUUUGAGCGAGCAGAACGACGUAGACGUAGAAAGGAGGCUGAGGUGUCUGAUAGUCGACGUCACCGAGAAGAUCGUGCCAAAGCACACAAACAGUCCACUUCGCAUCGAGAGCCACGGAUCAGAGAGACUUCACCAAUACCAGAGCCGAAGGUCAGUAGACACAGGACUGAGGACAUAGGAGCUGAACGCCGAAGAUCAGGAGAUGAGUACUAUAUACGGGAAGUGCCAGCACCAUCAAGAGAUCCAGAACAGAGAAGACAUCGUCGAAGCACUCGUAGGACCUCUGAGAAGAAUGAGAAACCCAAGAAGGGCUUUUGGAAGAGUAUACUGGGCAGAAUAUGA